AUGCUCUUCCACACUGUCGCUCUUGCCGUCCUCGCCUCGAUGGCCGCUGCCAUCCCAGCUCCCGAGGCAGCCCCAGCUCCCGAUGCCGCUCCCGUCCCCGAGUCCGCCCCCGUCCCGGAGACGCCGGCGACCCCCGUCUUUGAGCGCGCGGCUCCUUUGCAGUCUGCAAUGAUCCCCGCGAGCCAGAGCCAGCGCUCAGUCAACGACACCUCUGUGGACCACCUCGCGGCCCGCGGCCCCCAGGACGUCAAGCAUUUCCCCCUCCAGGGUGGCUUCACUGUGCGCUGUUUCCACGGGCCCGACUGCCAGGGCAAAGAGCUUUCCAUCAACGAGGAGCACAACCCCGCCACUGGGUGGACGUACUGGGCCCCCUUUUGGGCGCCUGACAACGAGCGCUCGAGCUGCCGUUUCGACACGUGGGGCGGCUUCCAGGGCGACUUUGCCGUCACUGUCCCCAAGGGCAGCGGCGGUUGGGUGGGCAACAGCUGGUCGCCCGACUGGAUUGAGGUCAGCCCCGUCCGUCACUCGAACGGUCAGGGCCAGCAGUGCAUCGCCCAGAGCGGCAGGACCAAGGGCAACUCCGGCAAUUGGGUCCAAAAGCAGGGCCGCGUUCUUCACCUCAAGAUCUAG